AUGGGAUACAAGGUUGUGGAUUCCCAGCCAGAGAAUCCGUUCAGCAAGAUCGUCCAAGGCCAAACAAUAGUUGAAAUACCAGAGUUUGAAUUAGAAUGUGGUGAUAUUCUGUAUAAAGUUCCUGUUGCAUAUAAGUCAUGGGGUAAAUUGAACGAUCAAGGUAAUAAUUGUAUGAUAAUAUGCCAUGCAUUGACAGGAUCAGCAGACGCAGCCGAUUGGUGGGGGCCAUUGUUUGGUAGAGGCAAAGCUUUUGAUCCAACCAGGUUUUUCAUUAUUUGCCUCAAUUCCUUAGGCUCUCCCUAUGGUUCUGCAUCUCCGAUGACUACAGAUUACGAAUAUGGGGAAGAGAGAUAUGGCCCAGAAUUCCCAUUAUGCACAGUUAGAGACGACGUUCGAAUCCAUAAAAUGGUUUUGGAUUCUUUGGGGGUGAAGGAAUGUGCUAUUUGUAUUGGAGGUUCAAUGGGUGGUAUGUUAGCAUUAGAAUGGACGUUUGUGGACGGGGGAAAGUUUGUGAAAAAUUUGGUUGCUUUGGCGACUAGUGCAAAACACUCUGCGUGGUGCAUUUCUUGGGGUGAAGCUCAACGCCAAUGCAUAUACAAUGACCCAAAAUAUGACGAUGGUUAUUAUCCACUGGGGGAUCCGCCAAAUACCGGGUUAGGAGCAGCAAGAAUGUCUGCUUUAUUGACCUAUAGGUCAAGGAAUUCUUUUGAAUCAAGAUUCGGGAGAGAAGCUCCAAGUGAAAAGCAAAGAUUAAAAAGUACAACAAAUCUGCCCAAUGUUGCUAAUUUAUCUUUAAAAGAUAAGGAACAAACAUCUGCUGUUGAAGAUGAAAACGAACAGCACGAAAGAGAAGUGAACUGGAAGAUACACAAUGAAGGUGCCAGCAGGAAAAAAUCGUUUGAAUCAUACAGGUCGAGUCGAUCAAGUUCUUUCCUUUCAAGCACAAGCAUAGAAGAAACCAACGGCUCAACUUUGUCAUCAAAAAUAGCGAGUGAUUCUGCUUCAAUGUCAACCAAACCACGAUCACGCUCUCGUAGAUUACCCCAGCACUAUUUUUCAGCGCAGUCCUACCUCCGAUACCAAGCAAAUAAAUUUGUGUCUCGUUUCGACGCUAAUUGCUAUAUUGCAAUCACCAGGAAGUUGGACACACAUGAUGUUGGUCGUGAUAGGCCUGAGUAUAACAAUGACACGGCAAUAUCAUUGCAAUCUAGGAAACAGCCGGCAUUAAUAGUGGGAAUAAGUUCUGAUGCUUUGUUUACUCUGAGUGAACAGAUAUUCAUUGCUAAAAAUAUGCCCAAUGCAAGACUAGUAAAAAUUGAUUCCCCAGAAGGCCAUGACGCAUUUCUUUUGGAAUUCAAUGAAAUCAAUGAGCUUUUGCUCACGUUUGAACGUGAAAACUUGAAGGAGAUAAUGUGCAGAGAGGGUAACUUUGAAGAUUGGAAUGACACAAUAGAUGAAGUUAAGGAAAGUGUCUUUGGCGAGGCCGAAGAUGUCGCUCAAUGGUAA